GAUGGGUGCGCUGCCAACUUAGUGAGUGUUAGCAUGUUAGCUGCUGCUGGCUAACCGCAGCCCAGCUCCAGACUCGAGUUCAGUAAAGUUUGAGACAAGUUGUGGAGUCGCAGCGAUGCUUCCACCGAGCGCAGCCGUCCAGCGAGCACUACCUGCGGGCAGAGCAGCAGCUAACGUCCGCUAGCUCCGGGGCCGGCAGGUAGAAGCGGCAGCUCGGUGUUUAAAGGAGUUUCCGAGGCUUGAACUUUGAUUUGUGUGGAGGAAUGUGCUGGGUGAAGUGAGCCCGACGGGACGGAGCUCGCUGGCGACGCCGCUUCGCCUCCCCGCUCCUGCGCGUUCACAUGCGGGGGAUUUAAAGCUCGUAGCCCGGGGAUGAGCACGGGAAGCUGCGGGGCAGGUUCGGGGGCAAAGUCCGCAGCAGGACUCCAGCAGCCCGGGGCACAGACACUUUAACGAGCCGCUGCACCGAGGAGUAGUUUUCAUUGGCUUUAACUGAGAUUAACCAGGAGGCUGAAUGGUGUUGCACCCACAACCCCUCGGUUUCCCUCCCCGGCAGUGAGUGCCGCUGUGACCGGAGCCAUUAGCCAGACAAAGGUCGCCUCCAUGGAGCCAGCACCCGGGGCUGUGUAGAGGGCGAGGGGGGGGUUAGACGCCCACGGUGAAAAGAGCCAGUUUCAGCUUUUUAUGGACGAAACCUGAGCCGGAGUUUACUACAAGUCUGUAUUGAUGAUGGCGGAUUUUGUUACACCGCGACACAGCGCGGUGAUGGAGAGGCUCCGCCGGAGGAUCGAGCUCUUCCGGCAGCAUCACAACAGCUGCGAGAGCCGCUACGAGAACGCGACGCUGGAGCGGCUGGAGCUGGACCGACAGCAGACCUUCGCCCUGCACCAGCGCUGCCUGCAGGCCAAGGCCAAGAGGUCCAACAAGCACCGGCAGGCCCAGCCCAGCGGGGAGCCGGCCGGCCACAGGGCGCCGGGAGGCGGCGGGGGAGGAGGAGCAGCGGGAGGAGGCAGCGCGGAGCCGGCGGAGAGCGGAGGGACGGCGGCGGAGCAGAGCCGGAGCAGCACCCUGAUGGCGCUGCAGGAGACGGUGAAGAGGAAGCUGGAGAGCGCUGGUUCUCCGUUGGGCAGAGACCAAGUCAACGGCUUCAGUGACGGGUUCCCCCCCAACAAGAAGGCGUGUCUGGACAACGGCACAACUAACGGCUCGCCGCUGGACUCCAAGCUGGGGGUCAGUGACUCGCUGACCUCCAACGGGAACCACGGGCCUGCCGGGGGGGAGGCCACAGACGGCGCUGGCGAGCCAGGUUUGGACUUCCUGAGGAAGGAGAUGAAGCAGGAGCCCGAUGACAUGCUGCCCAUCAUGCCUCCGUCAGGUGGAGGCAGCAACAGCCUGUUCCCGGACCUCAACCUCAACGAGCAGGAGUGGACGGAGCUGAUGGAGGAGCUGAACUGUGCCGUGGCCUACGAGGACAUUCAAGACAUCCUCAACGACGGCUUUGAGGACCGCAAGGACCCGCUGGAGCUGGCGCCCACUCCGGGUGGGGGUGGGUCGGUGGGGGGCGGAGCAGGAGGCGGUGGGGGGGGCCAGCCGUCCCAGGGACUACUUCCUCCGGACCUGGUGAGUGUGAAGACGGAGUUCUCUCCGGCCUCGGCGGUGUUCGAGCAGGACUCUCGCACCGGCUCCCCCCACGUCAGGUCCGGCUCCUCCGGGCCGGCCCCUCACGCCACCAGCUCCCCCAUCGCCUCGGCCUCUUCUCCGGCUCUGACCCCUUCCCAGCCGGCUCCCAACCCCAGGCAGCUUCAGCCCCCCCCCACCCACCUCCUCCCCCCGGGGCCCCAGGUGCCUAAAGACCUGUCCCCGGCCCAGCAGCUGCAGCAGCUCGCCGCCCAGCAGCAGCGGGCGCAGCACCUCCACGGCCAGAUGCAGCACAAGCAACCACAGCCGGGGGGGCCCAAGUUCCACACCCAGGGGCCGCGUGCCCACCCCCCACCCUGGCCCCAGAUGGCCAACACCUCUCAGAGCCCACUAGGGGGAGCGUUUGUUAUGGACAAGCCCGCGAGUCCCUCCUUGUACCCGCAGGACUUUAACCCCAACGCCCAGAAGCAGCUGCUGAUGCCCGGGCAGCCCAACAAGGGCCCCCCCCCCAAGGCCGGGCCGGGGGGCUACAUGCCGGGCCACGGCGGGCACCCCAACAUGCUGGGUCACCCCCAGGCCCCGGGACCUCAGGCCCAGGCCGCCAUGCUGAACUACAACAACACCAAACCCCUGUCCCACUUUGAGGCCGGGCCCGGGCCCCCCCGACUGCCCAACACUCAGAGUCAGAACAAAGCGGCUCUGCUGACGCUGCUCCGACAACAACAGCAGAUCAAACAGAAGAACAGCAUGACCUUCCGCCAACAUAUCCCACACGCACAGGACCAGAACAACUACCCUGCUCCUCCUCACGGCCCAGGCCCGGCCAACACCAUGGCACCUGCGCCAGGAAACAACGGCAUGGCGCCCCAGCCAGGGCCGAACGCCAUGGCAGGUAACCAUGCUAACGCUGCGUACCUGAGCAACCAGGCGGCGGUGGCGGCGGUGCUGAAGCAGCAGCAGCAGCAGCAGCAUCAGCAGCAGAUCCUGGAGCAGCAGCAGAAGCAGCAGCAGCAGCAGUACAUGCAGAGACAGCAGCUCAUGGCCGAACAGGAGAAGCAGCGGCAGCAGGACCAGCAGCUUCAGAGGCGCCUGACCCGACCGCCACCGCAGUACCAGGACCAGCCGGGUCCACCAGCCAAUCAGAACCCGUUCCCACAGCAGUCAGUCAACCAGUUUACAGCUUCGUCUCAGCCAAUGGGCAGCGUCGGCUCCAUGGGAGGCCCCGCCCCUGGCUCCCAGCGUAUGUUCCCACAGAACCAAGGCAUGAUGGGAAUGAAUAUGGGUCAGGGCGGUGGGCCGGCAGGCGGUGUAGCUCCGCCCUCUGCGGCGAGCCAGUCUGACAUGAAUCUGUCGUCCUGCGGAGGGGGCGGGGCUGGCGUGGACGUCCAGCAGGUCCUCUACAACAACAUGAACCUUCACCCCACCCACCCGGGCCACACGCCGCAGCAGGCCGCCCUGCAGCGCCAGGCGCUGGGGCCCAUGAGCGCCUCCUACAGGCAGAGCCUCCUGGCCCAACAGCAGCACCUGAAGACGCAGCCCAACGCCGCCAUGCUGAAGCAGCAGCAGCUCGCCGCCGCCGCCCGCAUGCCGGGCUCCAUGCAGAGCAGCAUAGGAGCCACGCUGCCCAGCUCCAUGCCAGGGACCAUGCAGAGCGCCCAGAGCGCCGCCUGGCAGCAGCAGCUCGCUAACCAGCCGCCCUCCGGGAACCCGGGCCUGCCCCCCAACGCCUUCAGCAACACGCCCAACGCCUUCCACAUGCAGCAGCAGCAGCCGCGCAUUCCCAAGAUGCCACCGGGAGCCCCGCCCUUUGGUGCUAACCCUGCAGGUCGCCCAAUGGGGGGGCUGAACCCCGGGCAGCAGAUGAUGCAGGCAAGUAUGGCUGCAGCCCAACAGAGGGCGCCACCUAACCCUCAGAGCCUGGGCCAGCCCAUGGCCAAUCAGCAGCAGACUCAACAACAGCAGGCCAAUCAGAACCAGGCCGUCCUCCCGGACCUGGUGGCGUUCGGACAGCCGCAGGUCAACGCUCGCCAGGCGCUGCAGUGUAACCAAGGCUUCCAGGUGAGCAGGACGGCCAAUCAGCAGCAGCAGCAGGUGUCCUUCGGAUACAACAUGGCGUCGGGGAGCUUCGCUGCAGAGAGCGACCUGGUGGACUCGCUGCUGAAGGGUCAGAACCCUCAGGAGUGGAUGGCCGACCUGGAUGAACUGCUCGCCAGCCACCAUUAGUCCCGCACCCGCACCUGGACCCUGCUGAGCCGAGGCUGCACGUUGAAACCUGGACGACGAGCCGCCGCUUCCGUCAGAUCGUUCAGAUCUGGAGAAAAAGAUUCAGACCAAGUCUGUGAGUUAGCAUUAGCCCCCCCCGGCCAAUGAGAAGCAACCAGCGGUCAGCCGAUGGCGUUCAUCAGUUUCCUGUGGUUGAGCUGUGGACGCCACACUGGCUGUCGUUGGUAAAUUUGUUUUUUCAACUCUGACCUGUUGACGAGACGUUUUCUCUCCGUCGGGAGAGUCGAGCGGCGUUCAGCUCGUUUAAAACAAACCAGCAAAACAUCCAAACCAGUUCAGAACAGAAAGCGACUGUGACGCCAUCAGGACUGAAACCAGGUUCCAUUCAGACACGUGACGAGUUAACAGGAAACUCCCGUUAACACAUGUGCUGACUCAUUCUGUGAAUGUUUGAUCUGAUUCUGGGUUAAAGAAGCUGCCGAUCAUCACAGGAAACUGAAGAAACUCGAUUCAUCUCGGAUGAAUUCUGUCUCGUGACUUUGUGAGUUUAUCACGUGAUGUGAUAUAGAAAAGUUACAAAAUUUAGUUUUCCAACAAAUAAAAGCAUCUAAAGGAAGAAGAUUAGGUUUUGAUAUAAAAGUUUUUCAUCACAAUUAAUUUCUUUUAGAGACAAUUUCACCUUAAAUCAAUUCAUGUUUUUCAACAUGUGACACAAACUUCGAGAGAAAUCAUCAGUAACCUUGAUUUAAGAAUCCCUGGAACGUUCUGGAACGUGGGCGUGGCCUGGUUCCAUCUUUCCUUUGUGUUGACCUGUGACUGAAGUCAGGUGUGUGGAGAUAAAUGUGUUAACGUUACACAGACUGAACUGAGUUAAUGACGACUGAACUAACGACCUCACGCUAAACCACCCCCCCCCCCCCACAGCGCCACCUACAGACCACCAGCUCUGAGUCGCUUUAUUCUUUUAUGAGGUGAAGAUCACCUUGCUUCAUUUUAAAGAAUCAUUCCAUCAUUAAAUGUUUUAUAUUCACUCUUUCACAUCCUGAAGUCAAAAUUCUCAGAUCUGAGUUUGUUCCAAAAACAAACAAGAGACGAGACAUUUUCUUUUUCCUCUUAUAUUUCUUUGGUUUACUUUUUAUUAUUUCAGUCUUAAAAUUAUCGUUGACUUGAUGCUUCAACAAUCUGUAAACAAGUUACAACCUUUUCACACUCAGCAAAUAUCUGCUGCAGAUAGUUAAAUUUCCAACAAUACAAAAAGUUGACUAUUAGUCAAUAGAUAAUAUUUAGUAACAGUAAAGCAGGUAAAACCAUGACAUGCUCCUUUAAAUAUGAAUCUAAAGCUUCUGUUGUCACAUUCAUUAAAAAUAUCCAUAAAACAAACAUCGUAAACUACAUUAACUUGUUUGUUUCCUGCUGCUCGAGUCUGUGAUGACUGAAAAUAAAAUCUACGGACUCUGAGGAGGAAACCUGCUCCUCUUCCCAAACACAUAAACACAGGUUCAUGUUCUUGAUGUUAAAUUGACAGUGAUAUUUGACAAUUACAUUUAAAUUUGAUUUUUUAGUUUCAAUUCUGAGAAGCUAAACUAAGAUUCCUCAAAGUAUUUUUUACAAAAUAUUCUCAGAACUGUUCAUGAGUUGUUGACGUGAAACCGUUUCUCACGGUUGGAACCUGAACGCAGCGUCUGAGCUCACAAGUUGUUUCUGUCCUGCAGCUCAUUUAUCAUCUUGUCAAACAUGGAACUCUCUUUUUAAGGUGGACUGGUGAGCAGGUGGUCUCUGUUUAAGGUGGACUGGUGAGCAGGUGGUCUCUGUUUAAGGUGGACUGGUUUAAGGCGGACUGGUGAGCAGGUGGUCUCUGUUUAAGGUGGACUGGUUUAAGGCGGACUGGUGAGCAGGUGGUCUCUGUUUAAGGUGGACUGGUGAGCAGGUGGUCUCUGUUUAAGGUGGACUGGUUUAAGGCGGACUGGCGAGCAGGUCGUUCUAUCUACUGUACUGUUUGACUUUUCAACGAAACGUAUGCAUCUUGUUUUUGCAGACAUGUUGUGUAUUUUAUUUGUAACGUUACAUUUGCUCAACAAAAGCUUUGGGCUGGUUUCACGUCUCUGCCGCCGGUUCUUCAGCUUCCAGCCCGGCUCGGCCUCCCGGGGUUUCUGGGUUUAACUGUUGUGUAAAUGUCUAUAAAUAUAUUUUUUGUAUGUAAGCCUUUCCUAAUGAUCUGGAGAAGAUAGAUGUUAUUUUUAUAUAUUGCUGCGGAUUUUUUGUAAGUAUUUUAUACUUUUGAUAUGGUUCUCUGUAAAACAAGAGUAUUAUGUAAAUAUAGUUCUUUAGAAACA